AUGCAGCCCGGACGCCCUGGCAGCCUGCCCCAGCCGUUGUUGCCGCGCGGCGCCGCCGCUGCAGCGGCGAGGGCCUCGCUCGCUGUGGAGGUCGGCCUCCCGGCGCCUGGGAGGCCCGGCCGGCGGGGCGGCCGCCGCCGCUGCCCACGGGCCGCCCGCCCCGGCGACAGCACCGACGCAGGCCCGUGCAGGCUGGCAGGCUCCGCAGCUGCUGCGGCAGGUGCGGCUCUCUCCAUGGGCGCCGUGGCCACUGGCAGCAGCACCCGAACCUGGACGCCGAAGGUCGGCAAGCCUGGUCGGCUCCUGCAGAUCUCGGAGCGGGUCGCCAGCAUCGGACACUUGCUGGGCGUCGACUUGGAUAAGGCGGCUAAGCGCGCGAAGCCGAUGCAGUGGUUGGACGUCGUGCAGCAGCUGACAAGAAUAGAGUCGCGCGUCGAGGAGCUGCAGGUGGUCGUAGACCAGGCGGCGGCCGCCGAGGAGGGGGCCCGCUCCCCCGCGGCCCUCACGGCGGUCCUCGCGGCGGAGCACCAGGUUGCCGCCGCCGCCGGUGCAGCCCAGGCGCCGCUGGUCGCGCCCAGGCACGCCCCCCCGCGGUGCUUCGCCGCCUGGCGGCUGCCGUGGGACCAGGCGAAGCCCACUCUCGCCGACUGGGCGGAGGCGAAGUCCGCGUCUGCGCAGGAGGCCACUCUGCGCUGGCUGGCGCUUCCGGGUUUCUGCACGGUGGGCGGCGAGCCCCAGGCCGACGGCGCCAUCGCGGCUGUUCUCCUGAGGAGGCCGCGGACGAUGGUUCGAACGGUUUUUCUUUCGCUCACCGCCUUCAGCCUUGUCAUUCUGCUGAGUGCCCGAGGCGAGGAAGUGCGCCGCCUAUGCACUUCGGAUGCGGCCUCAGUUGGCUACUCGAUCCUGCUCGAGAUUUUACAGACACCGAGCCGCUUCGCGCCUGUCCUGAUCAUCGGCGCGAUCGAUCGCCUCACUCGCGGGCUUGAAGGCGACGAGGCUUGCGUGCACAUUUGCACGACGCUUGUGAACGCCCACUGCGGCACCGGGUUGCGGAGCGCAGAGCUCACCGGCGGCCGCCCGGCAGACUUCCAGACGCUGUGA